CCCGGAAGCGGGUCACCCGCAGCGAAGGUCGCACCGUAGCGCGAUUGACUUCUAAAGUCUCAUGUUACCUGUGGAAGAAACCCGGAAGAGGAGGAGGAGAAAAGAAAAGGAGUCAGGAAUGACUCCUACUCAGAGUCCUUUGACAUUCAGGGAUGUGGCAAUUGAAUUCUCUCAGGAGGAGUGGAAAUGCCUGGACCCUGCUCAGAGGGCUUUAUAUAAGAACGUGAUGUUGGAGAACUACAGGAACCUAGUCUCCCUGGCAGGAAUCUUUCUUCCUGACCUGAGUGUUAUCUCCAUGUUGGAGCAAGGGAAAGAGCCCUGGAGUAUGGAGACCAAAGUGGAAAUAGCAAGAAAACCUAAAGGGUGGGAAUGGAUCAAAGGUGUGAACACAGAUAUCAUUUCUAAAUGUGUGAUCAGAGAAUUACCACCAACAGAAAAGAGUAGUACAGAAGAAAUAUUUCAAGCAAUGAUGUUGGAAAGAUAUGAAAGUCAUGAUAGAGAACAUUUUUCCUUCAGUGAAGUUAAGAAAAAUAUAUGUGACUUUGAGUUUCACUGGAGAGAUGAUAAAAGGAAUUAUAAGGGAGUCCCGAUGACCUAUCAAAAAAAUCUCACUGUUAGAAGAUAUCAACAUGGUGGAGUGGAUGCAGGAAACAAGCCUCUUGAAAAUAGGCUUGGAUUAAGCUUUCAGUCACAUCUGGCUGAAUUGCAGAAAUUUCAGACUGAAGGGAAAAUUUAUGAAUGUAAUCUAAUUGAGAAGACAGUCAACAGUGGUUCCUCAGUUUCACCACUCGAAAGAAUUCUUCCUAGUGUUCACACUAUUUCUAAUAAAUAUGGGAAUGAUUUUAUGCAUUCUUUAUUACUCACACAAGUCCAUAAACAGCACAUUAGGGAAAAACCUUACAAAUGUAAUGAAUGUGGCAAAGCCUUUAAUUUGUCUUCAAGCCUUACUAACCAUAAGGUAAUACAUACUGUAGAGAAACCUUACAAAUGUAAUGAGUGUGGCAAAGGCUUUAAUCGGGCUUCACUCCUCAGUGUACAUCAGAUAAUCCAUACAGGAAAGAAACCAUAUCAAUGUGAUGUAUGUGGUAAGGUCUUCAGUCAAAAUUCACAUCUUGCAACUCACCGGAGAAUUCAUACUGGAGAGAAACCAUACAAAUGUAAUGAGUGUGGCAAGGCCUUUAUUCAAAGUUCCAAUCUUGCAAUUCAUCAGAAAACUCAUACUGGAGAAAAACCUUACAAAUGUAAUGAGUGUGGCAAAGCCUUUAAGCGGGCUUCAUUUCUCACUGCACAUCAGAUAACCCAUACUGGAGAGAAACCAUAUCAAUGUGAUGUAUGUGGCAAGGUCUUCAGUCAAAAUUCACAUCUUGCAACUCAUCGGAGAACUCAUACUGGAGAGAAACCAUAUAAAUGUAAUGAGUGUGGCAAGGUCUUUAGUCAAAAUUCACACCUUGCAAAUCAUCAUAAAACUCAUACUGGAGAGAAACCUUACAGAUGUAACGAGUGUGGCAAAGCCUUUAAUCUUAGCUCAUUACUCAGUAGACAUCAGAUAGUCCAUACUAGAGAGAAACCAUAUAAAUGUGAUGUAUGUAGCAAGGUCUUUAGUUCAAAUUCAAGUCUUGCUGUUCAUCAGAGAAUUCAUACUGGAGAGAAACCUUACAAAUGUAAUGAAUGUGGCAAAGCCUUUAUUCAAAGUUCCCACCUUGCAAAUCAUCGGAGCAUUCAUACAGGAGAAAAACCUCACAAAUGUAAUGUUUGUGGCAAAACUUUUAAUUGGUUCUCACUCCUCACUAUACAUCAGAUAAUACAUACUGGAGAAAAACCAUAUAAGUGUGAUAUUUGUGACAAGGUCUUCAAUUACAGUGCAAACCUUUCAAUUCACCGGAGAAUUCAUACUGGAGAGAAACCCUUCAAAUGUAAUGAAUGUGGCAGGGUCUUCAGUUACUACUCAUGCCUUGCACGUCAUCGGAGAAUUCAUACUGGAGAGAAACCUUACAAAUGUAAUGAGUGUGGCAAAGCCUUUAGUGAGCGUUCAAGCCUUACUAAGCAUCAGAUAAUCCAUACUGGAGAGAAAGCUUAUAAAUGUAAUGAAUUUGGCAAGGCAAUUAUCCAUAGUUCAAAACUUGUAAAACAUCAAAAAAAUCCUAUUGGGGAGAAGCUACACAAAUGUAAUGAUUGUGGUAAAACUUUUCUUCAUAGGGCAAGCCUGGUGUACCACCACAGAAGUCAUACUGGAGAGAAGCCAUACAAAUGUAAUGAAUGUGGCAAAGUCUUCAAUUCCAGUUCAAUCCUUGCAAGUCAUCGUAGAAUUCAUACUGGAGAGAAACCUUACAAAUGCAAUGAAUGUGGCAAGGUCUUUAGUCACCGCUCACCUCUAGCACGUCAUCGGAGUAUUCAUACUGGAGAGAAACCUUACAAAUGUAAUGAGUGUGGUAAAGCCUUUAGAGUGCGUUCAAUCCUGACUAAUCAUCAGUUAACCCAUACUGGAGAAAAACCUUAUAAAUGUAAUGAAUGUGGUAAAACUUUUAUCCAGAAGUCAAGGCUGGCAUGCCAUCAGAGAAGUCAUACUGGAGAGAAGCCAUUCAGAUGUAUUGAAUGUGGCAAGGCCUUUGGGCUGUGGUCCUCCCUCAGGAGACACCAAAGAAUUCAUUCUGGAGAGAAACUUUACAAAUGUAAUCAAUGUGGCAAAUCCUUUUUUCACCAUUCAGACCUCACUAAACAUCAGAAAAAACAUACUGGAAAGAACGAUGCAUAUAUACUAAAUGUGGCAAGACCUUUAGACAUUCUCCUUAACUAGCUUCACCAAAUAAUUGAUACUUGCAUAUGCAGUGAGUAUAGCAAAGUUUUAAACUAGUGCUUACUACUAACUAGACAUAAGAAUAUACAUCCUGGACAGAAACCACAAACAUAUAAUGUGGCAAGAAUUUUACCUAAAGGUCAAAACUUGUGGAUCUACAGGGAAUUCAACGUGGAGAGACACUUUACAAAUGAAUGAAUUUGACAAAUCCUUUACCAGAGUUCAAUCAUUGCUCCACAAAAGAGAGAAUUAACUACUGAGGAGAACUGAAAUGUACGUGGCAGUGGCUUUACCCAGGCAUCACAACUCAUUAGACUUCAGAAUAUACAUCUUUGAGAGAAACCACACAAAUGUAUUGUGCCUGCUAUGCUUUAACCCAGAGAUCAAAAGUGAAACAUUAGAGCAUUCAUACUGGAGAGGAACCUUACAAAAGUAAUUUGGUAAGGCUUUUUAUCAAAUGUUCAUGCCUUUAGGGUCAUGAGAGAAUAUACAGGAGAGAAAACAUACGUACGUGCUGAACGAGGAAUGGCCUUUAAGCAACAUUGUGUCCUCAGGCAUCACCAAAGUAUUCAUACUGGAAAGGAUCCUCACAAAUGUAAUGAAUGUGGGAAACUUUUUAAUCCUCACAGUGCACUACACAUCAGAGAAAUCAUAUAAGGGAUACUAAGUCUACUUCAGCAUUGACCUGAAAUACUACAUACUGCAGAAUUACUACAAGUUAAAGUUCAUGACUAUGUGUAUCAAAGGAGCAAGAUUGUGUGUAGAAAUGGCCAGUUAUCUUUAUAAUAUACUGUGUUAAAUUAUUUGAGGUUUCUUGAAAGUAUACCUUCCUAUUUAUGACUCUCAGUCUGACCUUGAAAUCUAUUGAUAGGCCUUUCUUAUGGGCAUUUCAUUGUGGUCUCUGGGAAGGGAUCAAGAUGAGAGGGCCUACUUUCUUUGGUGUGGUUCCUUUGUGUUCAUGUUCCCUGUAAGAUCAGUAUGUUGUAUUUUAGAAUUCAAUAUUGUGUGAAUUAAAGAGGAUUUGGGGUGGGGGGUAUGGAGAAUGAUGUAAAUUUUAUUAUGUAAGUCUUCAUGCUUCUUGUGUUUGGUGCCCUUUUCCACAUAGAGGGCCACUUUGGGUUAUAGGAAACAAUUGUCCAAUCAACUGACCAUGAAACAGAGCAGGCUAAGACAUUAAUAGACUCGGGUUUUCAUGGGAGGAGAGUGAUAGGUUACUAGAGAUUGAUUACAUGGUAGAAAUAAUGCAGGGGAAAUGCUGGUCCCCUUCACUGAAUGACAGUAGCUGUUCUAUUUCAAAGGUUAAUGAAAAAUUAGUUUUGAGAAAUUAGAGAACAGUUAGGAGAGUUUAAUCAAAAUGGCCAGAGUAGCAUGUUCAUGAUUGAGGUUUACAUUGAACCACUGGCAUUUCAUUUUUUUACUGUUUUGUUCAGAAUGUAUCAUAGGUCCUGUGGUUUAACUAAUAAAAUUUAAUCACUUUUUCAUAACUCAAUGGAGCAUGUUUAUUUUACCAACACAUUUUCAUUCCUUCUCCACAGGGUACUUCAUAAUAGAUACUAUUAGGCUCUCAUGGUUGAAAUAAUCUGUAACAAUUUUUUUCCAUGGUGGAAUCAAUAUACUUUUGGCAAAUAUAUGCACCUGAGAUAUUCUGCCUACACUCUGCCCCAGGAUAUUUAUGUGGCUAUAAUAAAAGUGCUGUAGAAGUGCAGUUUCAGACUGAGCUCAUAAAAC